UGCUGCAGUCGGGGUGUCGCGUUUCGCAGCACUAGAAUCAGCUGCCGCUGCCGUCAUCUGUGGAUUCCAAUAGCGUGAAGAUUAGUCUCCAGCGAGACCAGGAAAUCAGUGGGAACAUAACUGAAAAUGUUGGGACUACAGCGUUUUGCCGGAUGUUUGGUUACACAGUUAUACCGACGGGCCGCCUACAGCAGCAAUGCACGUGCGGCGAGCGCUGCAUUGGCAACGGCGGCCACCAACGGUCAGGGCGCAGAUGUACCGGAAACUCGUUCGCCGGCUGCUGAGACGAACAUUAAGAAACCAAAAGGCCAAAUGGUUGCCGCAGUAUUUGAAUCGCUGAAAAAUCAGGAUGACCUGAGUGUGAAGACAUCAGACAUCGGGAAGAAGAGUGCCACUGCCGCUAACAGCUUAGAUGAACGUAUUGUGAAUGCAAAAACGGUGAACGGGCUGUUAUCGAUCACGGAAAACAAUGGUAGUUUGUCACGUAAGCAAGCCCUGCAGAUAGUCUCAAUCCUGGCUGAAUGGAGCACAAUAAAUCGUGUGAAGAUCUCAGAGUUCGAGAAUGAUUCGAGGUUCCUGCGCAUAUGCCGUAUGCUGGGUCGUACAGUGCCCAAGAACGGUAAAAAUGCGGGCGAAACUGCUGCGGCUAACCAUAACGCUAACAACAAUGGCGACUUAAAACGUAUCUCGGGAUUUCGUACAGACGAUCUAAACACUGUGCUUGGUGUCGCUGGGGACGAUGAAGCUGCUAAACUGAUUGCCAGCAUUAGUCUGCCGCAAAUGGUGAAGGUGAUGAGCGCACUGGCGCAACGAAAGCGUCGUAGCACUCCCCUGUUACGGUCGUUAGCCUUUAACAUAAGCAGCGCCUCCGAUCAGCUUGACCUAAAACAGGCAGGGGAUAUCCUGUACGCCAUGGCAACGCUUAACUUCCAGGAUUCAGUUCUGGGCGCAAAGGUGUGCGCGGAUGUUCAAGUGGCUUUGCCAAAGAACACGGAGAAAUCGGCUGUUGUGGGCUCCAUCCUCACAAGUCUAGGCAUAUUACGUUACCGUGACUUAGAUAUUUUGGAAGCAUUGACGCAAUGGUUGCUGAAGAACGCUGAAAUUUGUCGACCGCAGGAUCUCGGCGCUUACUUUCUUACAGCAGCCCUUUUAAACUUUAAAAGCACACAUUUAGAGGAUGUGCGAAACAAAUUAGUAAAAUCUAUUGUCCGCGAGGAUUUCACAAAAAAUGGAGAUUGGCUUAAUUAUGUCUGGUCGCUUUCGCUGCUUGGAAUUUUAGAUAACAGUCAGUUGAAUACGGUAUUAAGCUCGGAGUUCGUGGAAAAGUUAAAACAGGACAAACCCGGCCUAACACCAACGUUAAAAAUGAGGCUAUUAAAUCUAAACAGCUAUGCCCGGCUGUUUCUUACAGAUUACAAAGGCGCGCUACUUCCUGCCGAUAGUCCUGCCUAUGAUGUGCCUAUGGCACAUACGAAAUCAAAACAAAUCCUAGUGAAUGGCAUGCUGGAUGCUCUUAAGAGUCUGCUACCAGCUAGCAACCACUUGCAGAGCUCAGUGGACAGUAAAAUGGGGUUUCUUAUAGAUGCGCUGUGCUACUUCGAUGAAAAGAGAAAUCCACUGCCCUUGGAUAAGGAAAACCCUAACGCAAUUAGAGUGGCCCUGAUGGUGAUUGACUUUCAUGAUAUAUGCCAUGGGACGCAUCGGUCGGGCAGCGGCUUAACGAAUCUAAUGUUCGAUCUACUAGAGAAAAGCGGCUAUAAGGUUAUUGCUAUACCUUAUAAUGAGUUCAGUACCAGUGACAAACUACUAAAGCGAGUCCAGUAUUUGGAAGCUAAAUUUAAAACCGUUGUUAGUAGCAAAUAA